CUACAUGGGCAAGAGCCUCGACAAGAGGCUCAGGGAGCUCGGAGCGGCGCCGUUUCACCCCCCCGCCUUCGCCGACGAGGCCACCAACAUGGAGGAGACGAUCGAGCCCUGGCUGGCUUCGCUCUAUCCGGCUCUGAGGGCAAGCAUUUUAGGGGCGGCGGAAGGUGCCGCCGACGCGGCAGCUGCUGUUCCCACGAAGGCGGCAGAUGGAUCACCGGCUCCGGCGGCGGCGGCGGCGGGGUCGGAAGAUGCCGUGAAGGAAGCCAUAAAGGCAGCGGCGGCGGAGGCGUUUCAGUUGCCGCCCGAUACCGCCGCCGCCGCCGCCGCCGGUACCACGGCGAGAAACGUUGCCGGCAAGAACGGCGGCGGCGGCGGCGGCGGCGGCAACGCUGCCGACUCCACAGCUAAAAACGUUUCCGGUCCGAAUGGCGCCCCGGCAGUCUCUGCCCCGGCGGCCGCCGUUACCGUCGCAGCGGCGGCAUCUCCGCCUGCCUCAGUCGAAGCAGCGGCAGCAGGGCUGGCCGAUCUCAACCUCUCCGACGAUGGUGCGGCGACGGCGACGGCCUCGUCCGUGGUCGAACCCGGUGCAGCACCCACCCCGCCCGGAGAACAGACCUCGGGCAGCAACAGCAGCAGCAGCAACACCACCCCUACUACCAACACCAGCAACGGCGACAGCAGCGGCAACAGCGGCGGCGAAGGUGACCCUUCCCCCGCCGGCCGGCCUCCUCCGCAGCAGCCGUGGUCGCCGCGAGCGGAGUCGGGCGCCAGGCCCCUGUCCGACUUCCUGGCGCCCGAGCACCUGGAGCCGGGGUACUCCCCAGCCAGGAGCGACCUCCCGCGGGCGAGGCCGAGCGCCGCGGACGUGAGGUUCCACGUUUCGAGCGCGGCGCCGGAAGUCGGCGAGGUAGAAGAGGAGCAGCCGUGGCUAAGGCGUGCCCGGCAGAGGUCGUCGUCCGUGGAGUCACGCCACACGCUGGACUGGCCCUUCUCCGCCCGGUUGAAGAGCGCGAAAUAUCUUACGAAAGGCGGCAGGGGCGCGGACCGCAGAGUUAUCAACAUGGAGCUGUCGCUGCGAGGGUCGGGCAUCACCUACGUUCCCGGGGACGUGAUCGGGUUUCGUUGUCCGAACCGCGCCGCCGAUACCGCCUACCUCUUGGACCGCCUCCAGUGCACUCUGCCGGAGGGAGCCGGGCCGGACGUGCCCUUCCAGCACUCGCUGCGCUCCCUGCCCAGCCCGUGCACUCUCCGGGAUGCGCUGUCGACGCGUCUCGAUCUGCAGGCCCCCCUACGCCGCCCGGUGCUCCGCGCGCUAGCUGAAUUCUGCGGGGACCCCGCGGAGAGGUCGUGGAUGGAGCUCCUCUGCUCCAAGACUGCCGGCGCCGGAGUGUACGCCAGCUACGUGGCGGCGCAGUCGCUGACCCUCUGCGAGCUCCUGGAGGCGUUCCCCUCCUGCAAGCCUCGCCCGGGAGCUCUGCUGGCGCUCCUCCCGCCGCUGCCGCCGCGCUACUACUCGGUUGCCUCCUCCCAGCUGGCCACCCCGGAUAGCGUGACGGUCGCGUUCAGCGUCGCGUCCUCGCGGCUGCCUCAUGCUCCCGCUACCGCUGCUGGCGACCCCGGUGCUGCUGCUGCUGCUGCUACCGCCUCGCCGGCUGGAGGAGGAGGGGGGGCGGUAGAUGGUACCGGGGGCGGCGACCGUGGGGGUGUCGUCACUAGACGAGGGCUGUGCACGAAUUGGCUCGAGGGAAUACUCGCGCCCUUCCUGGAGUGGCGAGUGGCGAGCGGGAGUGGCGACGGGGGGACGUCUGUCAGCGUCCCCGUGUUCCUCAAGCCUACGAAGGAGUUCCUGCUGCCAGCCAGCGCGAAGUGGCCUUGCGUGCUCAUCGGCCCCGGCACUGGAGUGUCUCCAUUCAUCGGAUUCCUGAAGCACCGGGAGGUACAGCACGCGCGGCGAAGGGAGGAGGCGGACGCCGUGUGCUCGGGCUAUUGGAGAGGGGGCUACGAGAUCUCUCUGGAGGGGGAAGAUGACGAGGUGAAUAACAAAAAGAUAAUGAAGUUAAAAAAUGACGCGGCAGGAUGA